AUGAGGCUUCCUGUCUUCAAGCGUUUACUUCGUGAUAUCCAGCAAGUUAAUUCAUACUUUCGACAGAAGCGAGAUAGAGUAGGCCGCCCUGGUUUCUCACCUCAUCAUAAGGUUACUGUUGCACUCCGAAUGAUGGCUUAUGGCUCCCCAGCUGAUUCAAUGGAUGAAACUCAUGGUAUGUCUGAGUCUACAUGCCUUGAUACUCUUGCUGAAUUCUGUGACACAAUUGUUCAACUUUACAAAGACAAGUACCUCCGUGAGCUAAAUCAAGAAGAUAUGGAUCGGCUCAUUCACAAAGCUGAAGAUUGUGGGUUUCUGGGCAUGAUAGGGUGA